AUGCCGAAAGAAUUAAAGGACUUGAAGGAUUAUCUGAAUGUCUUGAAGAGACCAGACGCCAAGUCAGUGGUGGUAUACAAGAAAAAGAGUAAAGGUGGCCUUCUGAGCACAAAGUUCAAGGUCAGAUGCUCAAGGUACCUCUACACCUUCUCUGUCCCGAACCAAGUCAAGGCUGCAAAGGUCGAGGCAACGAUCCCAAGUAAUCUGGAAAAAAAAGUCAUCAGCAAUAAGAAAAAUUAA